AAAAAAUAAAAAUAAUACUUUCUCUCUUAAUUUCUACCUGGAAGAAGAUAUUGAUUUUUCUGCUCUUCCUAUACUUUUCCUUGUCCCGAUCGAGAAAAAGACAGAGACGCCUGUCCUAAAGAGAAUUUUCAACCGACAACUUUGCAGAUAAUCAGAUGGGGAUCUCGAGCUGAUUUUGAUUAAAUGAGAUUCUGGGAGUUACUUUUUGAGUGAGAAGGCUGUUGUUAUAUAGUUCCUAAUGGGGAUAAGGUACUUGUCGGUCUCGGUGGCAUCAACAGCUCUGAGCUUUGUGGGGCUUCAAGUCUGGACAGAGUUGUCUUUGGAUAGGCUUAGAGCUGAUGGGCUGAUUGCAAAGAACAUUUCUUUAGGAGACUCCGAGCAUGCGCUUGAGCUGCUUCUGGGAUCUUACUUUACAAUCGCCCUGUUGACCAAUUUUGUGCUCAAUGUGUAUAUUCUUCUUAUACUCUCCCUCAAGACUCUAUUUUUUGGAGAUUUAUAUGGCGUUGAAACUAAAAAGUUGGUGGAGCGACUUGCCAAUUACAUCAUUUACAAGAUUAAAUCCCCAUUUAACAUCCUUUUCUCCAAGGGUACAUUUCUGCCGCUGGUGAUUCCCCCAACAAUAUUUCAGGGUGUACUGUGGACAGUUUGGCUGACUGUUCUAUGCACUUUAAAGAUGUUUCAAGCUUUGGCUAGAGACCGGCUUGAACGAUUGAAUGCAUCUCCUUCCUCUACACCUUGGACAUACUUUCGUGUGUAUUCAGUUCUCUUCUUGGUUCUCUCUGUUGAUAUGUUGUGGAUAAAGCUUUCCCUUAUGACAUACAAUACAAUUGGUUCUUCUGUGUAUCUGUUGUUACUUUUUGAGCCAUGCAGUAUUGCUUUUGAGACCUUGCAGGCGCUGUUAAUUCAUGGGUUUCAGUUACUUGAUAUGUGGAUCAAUCACUUAGUAGUCAAUAACUCGGACUGCCAAAGAUCCAAGUUUCUUGAUUCCGUGACAGCAGGCUCACUGUUGGAAUGGAAGGGCCUCCUCAACCGAAACCUUGGUUUCUUCCUGGACAUGGCUACUUUGGUAAUGGCACUAUGUCAUUAUUUGCAUAUCUGGUGGCUCCAUGGCAUUGCCUUUCAUCUGGUGGAUGCAGUUUUGUUUCUCAACAUACGUGCAUUGCUCAGUGCAAUUUUGAAACGAAUGAAAGGAUACAUUAAACUGAGAAUAGCUCUGGGUUCUCUCCAUGCAGCGCUUCCUGAUGCAACUUCUGAAGAGUUACGUGCAUAUGAUGAUGAAUGUGCUAUAUGCCGGGAACCUAUGGCUAAGGCUAAAAGGCUUCACUGCAACCACCUUUUCCAUCUUGGAUGCCUGCGAUCCUGGUUGGAUCAAGGUCUAAAUGAUGUUUAUUCUUGUCCUACAUGUCGUAAGCCUCUUUUUGCUGGUAGAACUGAAAGUGAGGCUAACCCUCGCACGGUUGAAGUCUCAAGGGAUGAGCAGCUAGCGCGUCAGCUUGAAAGACAAAACAGUCCUGCUCAUCCACUAGCCACUGGUUUAUUCCCUGCUGAGAUGCCAAGUUCUGUUGAAACUGAUCCUUCGAGGAAUUUAGGAUUGGAUCCAAGCUGGCUGCAGACAUGGUCAGACCAGGGCAUUGAUGUGGCUGGUCCCUCUACUACCGCUUCUAGGUCCGUUGGACUGGGGAGGGUUCAGAUGAUGAUGAGGCAUCUUGCAUCUGUUGGGGAAAGUUAUGCUCAAACUGCACUUGACGAUGCUGCUUGGAGUCUUUGGCCGAUGAACCCUUCACAAGCUUCCACUUCUACUACAACAACCAUACCUCCAGGUGCUGGUGGAAGGACAGGUGGUCUGCAUCUAAGAACUGUAUCAAACGUGACAAAUGAAAGCUUGGCAAGUAUACUAGCUAUGGCCGAGACAGUGAGGGAAGUCAUGCCACAUGUGCCUGAUGAAAUUAUUUUCCAGGACCUGCAGAGAACAAACUCUGUUGCUGUUACAGUAAACAAUCUUCUCCAGAUGUGAUGAUAGUUUGUGUAAAAAAUACUGAGAACUUUCUGCACUUUCAUUUAAACCUUUAGGUAUAGAUUAGUUGAUUCGGGACAUAUCCUUGUCCUUGAGUUUAUACACCACCCAACAUUGUGCAUCACUCUUUACUAUAGAGAAGAAGAGGCUCUGUUGCUCUGGAGAUAUCUUGUCACAGUCUCCAGUCUCGAGGGAGAGUGACCACUCUAUGCAGCUACCUCUCUUAUGUAAGAAUGUGUAAUUUACAAUAAAAACAAGUUAAAUUAAAGAAUCUACGGUUAUUGAUCCAAUAGCCUGUUAUGUAAUAGUAUAUCAUUAAAUGUGUAAACUCAGUUUUUUCCUCUAAACUUGAAUAUAUCCUCCUACUUCCUGUA